AUGUGUUCCUUUAUUCACCCUCGCAAAAAGCUGAAAAUGUGGUCUACACUGAAGUCCUCAGCCAGUGAUACGCAAACUCCAUUCCAUUUUUCCUUUUCAUGCAAGAAAAUUACUCUUCUCUCCAAGCUUAACCUCAUUUGUUCCAAGAAAGUCACGAGCUGUGGGGUCAGCAGAGGGCGUAAGCUAUCAGAUGACCGUGAAAUCGAGGCAGCGCGCACCUGGUCAGUCACCCGCUUAUUGAACACCCUCUCUCCCCCUUUCCACUUCCCUCAAUUGCCCCUGGCUCAAUCAACACCCCGCCCACCCCCCGACGGAUUCGUUUCUGAUCCUAAAAAUCUUCUUUCUAACUCAACCCCCCCUUCCAUUAAUCCUUCCCGCGUUUCAAUGCUUCCCGAGUAUCUAUCAAUCUAUCUCGCUAUCGAGCUAGCUAUCUAUCUAUCUAAGUCUGUUCCAUAUCUAUCUAUCUAUCUAUCUAUCUAUCUAUCUAUCUAUCUAUCUAUCUAUCUAUCUAAGUCUGUUCCAUAUCUAUCUAUUUAUCUAAUACCCAUAUCUAUCUAUCUAUCUAUCUAUCUAUCUAUCUAUCUAAGUACCCAUAUCUAUCUAUCUAUCUAUCUAUCUAUCUAUCUAUCUAUCUAUCUAUCUAAGUCUGAUCCACAUCUAUCUAUCUAUCUAUCUAUCUAUCUAUCUAUCUAUCUAUCUAUCUAUCUAUCUAAGUCUGUUCCAUAUCUAUCUAUUUAUCUAAGUCUGUUCCAUAUCUAUCUAUCUAUCUAUCUAUCUAUCUAUCUAUCUAUCUAUCUAUCUAUCCUUCUACCUAGCGACUGA